CCUGCUACUCUCCGGUUUCCUUUUCUGUGUAAUUGUCAUGGCUCGCACCAAGCAGACGGCGCGCAAGUCAACGGGCGGCAAGGCCCCGCGCAAGCAGCUGGCCACCAAGGCGGCCCGCAAGAGCGCGCCGGCCACCGGCGGCGUCAAGAAGCCGCACCGCUACCGGCCCGGCACGGUGGCCCUGCGCGAGAUCCGCCGCUACCAGAAGUCCACCGAGCUGCUGAUCCGCAAGCUGCCGUUCCAGCGGCUGGUGCGCGAGAUCGCGCAGGACUUCAAGACCGACCUGCGCUUCCAGAGCUCGGCCGUGAUGGCGCUGCAGGAGGCGUGCGAGGCCUACCUGGUGGGGCUCUUCGAGGACACCAACCUGUGCGCCAUCCACGCCAAGCGCGUCACCAUCAUGCCCAAGGACAUCCAGCUGGCGCGCCGCAUCCGCGGCGAGAGGGCGGACAUGUCUGGUCGCGGCAAAGGCGGGAAGGGCCUGGGCAAGGGGGGCGCCAAGCGCCACCGCAAGGUGCUGCGCGACAACAUCCAGGGCAUCACCAAGCCCGCCAUCCGGCGGCUGGCCCGGCGCGGCGGCGUGAAGCGCAUCUCCGGCCUCAUCUACGAGGAGACCCGCGGGGUGCUCAAGGUGUUCCUGGAGAACGUGAUCCGGGACGCCGUCACCUACACGGAGCACGCCAAGCGCAAGACGGUCACGGCCAUGGACGUGGUGUACGCGCUCAAGCGCGACGCCUCGCCCGCGAUGCGCUCGAAGAUGUCGUUGACGAACGAGUUCAUGAUGCCCAUGGCCUUGGACGAGAUGCCGGCCAUGGCUCGCACGAAGCAGACGGCGCGCAAGUCGACGGGCGGCAAGGCCCCGCGCAAGCAGCUGGCCACCAAGGCGGCCCGCAAGAGCGCGCCGGCCACCGGCGGCGUCAAGAAGCCGCACCGCUACCGGCCCGGCACGGUGGCCCUGCGCGAGAUCCGCCGCUACCAGAAGUCCACCGAGCUGCUGAUCCGCAAGCUGCCGUUCCAGCGGCUGGUGCGCGAGAUCGCGCAGGACUUCAAGACCGACCUGCGCUUCCAGAGCUCGGCCGUGAUGGCGCUGCAGGAGGCGUGCGAGGCCUACCUGGUGGGGCUCUUCGAGGACACCAACCUGUGCGCCAUCCACGCCAAGCGCGUCACCAUCAUGCCCAAGGACAUCCAGCUGGCGCGCCGCAUCCGCGGCGAGAGGGCGUAAACUUGAUUUCCGGAUUCUGUGCCAACUUUGAACCCAAAGGCUCUUUUCAGAGCCAACCACUUUGA